AUGCUGCCGUACCUGUUCCCCGAUCUGUCCACCUUUACUACAGUCGCCGAUCUUAUCACCCACCUUCGCACUAGUGAUGCUCGCCUGCGUGCCGCCCUUCCCACCGAGUUCUGCGCUAAGAACCCCCCUCCACUGUACUGGACACUCCACUUCAUAGUCACCCGUCUCCCUGACACCCUCCGCUCAGUUCGAGACCACUUCCUUGCUCGCUGUCCCACUGAGCUCACAGUCGCCCUCCUAGAGGAGCAGCUGCUCGCGGCCGAAAAGAGCAUUGUAGCUGUCGGUGCUGCUCGUGGCGCUCCUCGCACCCCCAUCUUUGAGGGGUGUUCUCCCUCUCCCCUCGCUCCCUCCUACGCUGCUGCUGCUGCUGUUGACUUCCUUGGUGCUGAGUCUGUUGGCGCUGCUUCUGCUCCUGGUGGGAGGCGCCGCACCGGCAAGGGCAAGGGGGGCAAGGGUGGUGGUGGUGGCGCUGGGGGGGGAGGAGGUGGGGGAGGUGGGGGGGGAGGCGGUGCUGGAGGGAGCGGUGGCGGGAGCGCUGGUGGGAGUGGGGUCGGUGGUGGAGGCGGGGGCGGCGGAGGAAGCAGUGGCAGUAGUGGCGGCGGUGGCGGUGGCGGCGGUGGCGGCGGUGGCGGUGGUGGCGGUGGUGGCGGUGGCGGUCGGAGCGGUGGUAGUGGUGGCGGCGGAGGUCGGAGUGGAGGCACUGGCUCGGGCCAGAGCUCCCAGCAGCAGCAGCGUCCCCAGACGACCCAGCAGCUUCGUGAGUGGCUUGCUCAGCGUGGGACGUCGGGGGGCAGUGGCCGCUGUUCUUAUGUCAUUCGCACAGGUGACCGCAAGGGACAGACGUGUGGGAGGUUCCACACCCCGUACCGCUGCUUCUCCCGCCUUGACGAUGCUUGGCGUGAGGAGAUGGGUGCGGAUGUUGAGCGCCCCCGCUGGGCUGAGCUCAUGAGGGCUGGUGUUGAUAUAUUUGCUCUUGACUAUGAUGCUAUUAUUGCUGCCAUUCCUUGCCCAGUCCACCACUGUCCUCCCUUGUCCGGCGGUUCCGUCUGGCUCGUUGUCGGGUUUCCACCUCCCCUCGUUCUCGACGAACCUGGUGAGCAACGCUGUCCUCCAGGAUCAGUGGGUUGA